AUGGCCGACACAGAAGAGCCCCAGUUCCAUUCUCUCAAAGAUAGGAUAGCAGCGCUGAACAAGCAGCAAACCUUCAAGCCCGCUGAGCCUGUCCGCAAGCCUUCAGCCCCAGCGGUCCCCGGGCGGCCUUCGCCCAAGCCCUCGAAUGGCUCAUCGCCCGUUCCCCCUCCCAGGCCCGUGAGGUCUACCACGGCGCCACCUCCGUUGCCGCGCCGGGACACUGGGACGAGCCAGGAUGCCGCUCCCCAAGAGGCACGCAAAGGGCCGCCGCCGCUGCCUCGCCGUGACACUGAGACGAGCCAGGCGUCCCAGGGCACGCCGGUCCUGCCCAGCCGUCCGGCCAUGUCCUCUAGGAAAUCAACGCAGCAUCUGAAGGAGCGCCGUGACUCGACCUCUUCCGAAAUGUCAAUCAGGUCGACUGGAUCAACCGUGUCACAGGCACGGACAGUUUCGUCAGUGACAAGCCAUGGGUCUGUGGGCCACAGACUGCCUCCUCCGUUGAACGACACAAAGCUGCCACCGUUGCCGCCUUCGAGACGAGAACUCGAGGCACAGGCCCAGGCAGCGCAGGCGGCUAAACCUAGAUCUGUCGCACCCACGACGGUUCCCAAGGUGCCCACCGCCCAGCGCGUUGGCGGCGUGGCUACUGCAGCGAGCCCUACGCCUGCCAAGCCUUCAUUACCUCCCAGGCUGCCAUCCAGGCCUGCGAAAUCACCUGGUAUAGUUGAAGAGGCGGAAGCCGCUGAAGAGGUGCGGCCAGCACAGCGCCCGCACGUGGCGCUCAGGUCGAACACCUUUAUGGGUUUUGGAGACUCGGCUGGGAAGCAGCCGCCAAAGAAGAAUAAUGGCCCUAUCACCGGGUUUUCGAGCGGCAAGAGAGGGGCUCUGCCGUCCCCGGGCGAACGAGGGGCUCGGGAUCUCGAAUCACCCCCCAUUCCGCAAAGGCCUAGAGCGGAUGAGCCGCCUCCAGUUCCCGUUGCUUCUCGCCCCUCGCUGGCCCAGAUCGAGGCUGUGAAGACCCGUGGCACGGCCACCACCAGUAGCGUAACAGCGAACUGCUUCCGCUGCCGAGACUGGAGCAGGCCCGAUCAGAUCGCCUCCUGUUUUCCCAUCUCCACACUUCCUAGGAAAGAUCCUGUUGGAUAUCUUGCUCGAAGCCUGUGUGAGCCGUUUCCCUCCUAUACUGACAAGGCCCGUGCCAUUUUCACCUGGUUUCAUCACAAUAUUGCGUAUGAUACUGCCGCAUUCUUCGGGAACAAGUUGAAGAAAAGAUCGCCUGAGGACACCAUCUUCAGCGGCCUGGCCGUGUGCGAGGGCUACGCAGUAGUCUACGCCGCGAUCGCAAAGAAAGCAGGUCUGCAGUGCGAGGUCGUGACGGGACAUGGCAAGGGAUUCGGCUAUACACCCCUCAAACCUGGGGAGCGCCCGCCGCCCGCCAAGCCGGACGGGCACGCCUGGAAUGCCGUCAGGAUCGAUGGCGGCAGUUGGAAGCUCCUCGAUGCCUGCUGGGGAGCUGGACACGUCGAUGGCGCUACCCAGUCAUACAUAAAACAGUUCCACGCCUGCCACUUUGAGAGGACCAACGAUGUGUUUGCGGAGACGCAUUUCCCCAAGGAGUCCAAGCAUCAGUAUCGAGAUGAUGGGCGUGUGCAGGGCUGGGAGGAGUAUUACAUCGGACCCUUUGGGGGCAACGGACCGACCUUUUUCAGCGCCGAUAUGGAUCUGGACCAGAGGACCAUCACGCCGAGCCAGAAGGGCAUCCCAGUUCAUAGCGGCGAGCUUCUGAGGUUCCAGUUCUCCAGGAUAUGCGAGCACGCAAAGGAUCGGAAGGAUAAGUCUGUCGUGUACAUUCUAUGCGUCCGCGAUGAUUUGGUGCCGUUUGAGACGGACGGGUACUGGUACUGGCUUGAUGUGCACGCAAAGGAUCUUGGUGACCCUGGGCAGACGCUCCGGCUGGCAUUCAUCACUAGCAUGGAGGGGAAGGAGGUUCAGGGUCUCACGAGGGAGGAAUUCCUCGAGAAGAAGGGCAAGGUUGAGCUCGCGUACGGGUUUGCAGGCCAGUGGGACUUGGUGUAG